AUGUCUGGCUACAGGAGCGUAGUGCCCACCCUCCGGUUCCCCCUCUUCAGCAGUACCUGCCACGCUCUUUUGGACAGAUUUCUAGAGGAGAACUUCUCAGAUCAGCUGUUUCCUCAUCAUCUGGACUCAGAAGAUGACAGCCAAAUUACCUCCUGCGAUUUUGAGUCAGCCUGCCACUGGACUUUAUCAAAUCACAGCGACCAAAGUGACUGGUCAUUGAUGUUGCCUCAGCAACCAGAAAGCACUCAGGCGGGGAUGAUGCCAGUGACUGAUCACUCAGUGGGAAGCUCUGACGGGCACUUCCUCCUCCUAAGCUCCUCCCCUGCCACUGAGGCCUCUAGGAGAUGCGAAUACCACUUAACCAGCCCAGUAUUGCCAGGAAACGACAGGCACUGCAUCUUGCAGGUGGCUCUGUAUGAGUCCGGUCCAGCAGUGGGGAACCUCACGCUCCUCAUCAAGCCAGUCCACUCAGACUCAGCUGUUCACUCUGUGGUUCUCAACCACAGGAGACCUGACAAACGCAGGGCUGAGUGGGAGGUUCUGGAGACUGUGUUUGGUCAAGUGGACGAGCCCUUUCAGGUGAUACUGCUCUACACUUCCUGUUUGAGGGAAGAUGGAGGCACCGUGGCUCUGGACUCUCUAGAGUUCAUAGACUGUGAAUCAGAACACCACGUCAUUGGACUGGAUUCGGCUUGUGGGGAAUCUUUCCACUGUGAAAAUUCAGGAGUGUGCAUCGACCAGAGCCAAGUGUGCAACUUCCACACCGACUGUCCUUUAGGAGAGGAUGAGGGCAUCAUCUGUGGUGCUCUUCCAUUUGGCUCUCACUGUUCAUUUGAACAGGAUGCAUGUGGUUGGUCCGUGUCCAACCAGCACUCGGCCUGGAGAAGAGUAGCUGGAGAUGAACUUCUGGAGAAAGAAGACAUGCAGGGUGUCACUCUGCAGAGAACACAAGGGCACUUCCUGUUUCUGCAGGUUAAAGAGAGUAAUUCCCUCCAAAAGACAUCCAUUCGGAGCUUGUCUUUCCCUCCCCCAGUCUCUGCUACUGCAUGUCAGAUGCGUUUCUCUCUGUAUCUUUAUGGGGAUUUUAAUGGUACAUUACUGGUGGCUAUAGAGGAGAAGGGGACCACAACCGCUCCACUGGUCUGGGAGAGAAAUGAUCAGUGGACGGACGACUGGGAAGAUGUUGCCCUGCAGCUGACUGGCCUUCAUCAUGGGUUCCAUGUUGAGGUGACAGCUGUGUGGGGAAAAGGCUCUAAUGCUGAUGUUGCUCUUGAUGACAUUGCAAUUGGAGCUGCCUGCUUCGAAACAGAUCUGAACUCGCUCCUGACCAUGGCUCACUUGGAGGAUUUCCUAAGCCCCCUACCAGAGCCUUCAGCCUCAGAGGUUUCUUUUAUGACAUGGUGGUUUAACUCAUGUGGUGCCAGUGGUCCCCACGGCCCAACCCAGGCCCAGUGUGACAGCACCUACAGGAACAAAAACGUCAGUGUUACUGUGGGGAAGGAAGAUCCCCUGAAAGGAGUCCAGAUGUGGAGGGUUCCUGCUACUAACAGAUACCUGAUCUCUGCUUACGGGGCUGCAGGAGGGAAAGGAGCCAAAAACCACAACAAACGCAACCAUGGGGUCUUCAUAUCUGCCAUAUUUCCUCUGGAGAAAGGAGAUAUACUUUACAUCUUGGUGGGCCACCAGGGAGAGGAUGCCUGCCCUGGGAGAAAUCCCCAAACCCAGAGGAUCUGCUUGGGAGCAUCGUCAGUGAUUGAAGACAACCUCAGGGAAGAGACCGGUGCAGAGUGGGCUGGGGGAGGAGGCGGAGGAGGGGGAGCCACCUACAUCUUUAAGAUGGAUGGAGGUGAACUGGUUCCCUUGCUGAUUGCCGCUGGUGGAGGAGGAAACGCUUACCUUGAAGACCCAGAGUCCAGUCUGGACCAGAUACAACUGGAGCAGUAUGAGAACAGCACCAUAGCUCCCAGCACCAACGGUCAAACUGGUGCUGCAGGUGGAGGUGGAGGCUGGAAAGACAGUCCCAGUCCUCACCUGAAGGCGGGAAAGUCUCUGGUGGAGGGUGCUGAAGGGGCCUCGUGUUCCCUCGCCGUGUCCAAGCUCAGCUGGUCCACCUUUGGGGGAUUUGGAGGUGGAGGUGGGGCCUGCACCGCUGGAGGCGGCGGAGGAGGUUACAGAGGAGGUGACGCUGCGCUGACGGAUGAGAUCACAGCCGACGGUCAGAAUGGAAUCUCAUUCAUUCAUCCGAGGGGAGAGAUUUUCCUUCAGCCUCUGGCAGCCAUGGAGAGUCAUGGCGAGUGUGAUAUCAAGGUGCAGCUGAACUGCAGCCACUGUCAAACACAGAGCUGCAAACGAGAUGAGGAUACUCACCUUAUCCUUUGCCUCUGCGACGACGACGACAAAGUCCUGGCCAGUGACAACGUCACAUGUGUCAGCACCAUAGCUCCCCAAGGCACGACUCUGCAGGGCCAGAUGUCGACCUCUUUGAUCUUGGCGGUCGUGGUCUCCACCAUUGCGAGCGGCAUUGCGCUGAUCUGCACUGGCAUCAUCCUCAUGUGGUACCGCAGGAAGAACGACCUGCAUGCAGUGAGGGGGUACCUGCAGAGUCCAGAGUACAAGCUGAGCAAGAUCCGCUCCUCCACCAUCAUGACAGACUACAACCCCAACUACUGCUUUGCAGGGAAGGCCGCCUCACUCAAUGAGCUGAAGGAAGUACCACGCAAGAACAUAACACUUCUCAGGGCUCUCGGCCAUGGUGCAUUCGGUGAAGUCUAUGAAGGACAAGUUCUGGGGAUGAGCAGCGAUAACAGCCCCAUGCAGGUGGCCAUAAAGACUCUUCCAGAAAUCUGCUCCGAACAGGAUGAAAUGGAUUUCCUGAUGGAGGCCCUGAUUAUGAGCAAGUUCAGCCAUGACAACAUUGUGCGCUGCAUCGGUGUCAGUCUGAACAUCCUGCCUCGUUUCAUCCUGCUGGAGCUGAUGACCGGAGGAGACAUGAAGAGCUUCCUGAGACAGAACAGGCCACGGGCUGGCCAGACCUCUUCUCUCACCAUGCGGGAGCUGCUGCAGAUGGCCAGAGACAUCGCAUUCGGCUGUCGAUACCUGGAGGAGAACCACUUCAUACACAGAGACAUUGCUGCUAGAAAUUGCCUGCUUACCUGCCCUGGACCAGACAGAGUGGCCAAAAUUGGCGACUUUGGCAUGGCACGAGACAUAUACAGAGCCAGCUAUUACAGGAAAGGUGGCCGCGCCAUGCUGCCAGUUAAAUGGAUGCCACCGGAGGCCUUCAUGGAGGGAAUCUUCACCUGCAAGACUGAUACUUGGUCUUUUGGAGUACUGCUGUGGGAGAUCCUCUCUCUGGGUUUCAUGCCGUAUCCCUGUAAAACCAACCAAGAGGUGCUGGAGUUUGUCACCAGUGGAGGCAGAAUGGAUCCUCCCAAGAGCUGUCCGGGGCCUGUCUAUCGGAUCAUGACCCAGUGUUGGCAACACUGUCCCGAGCACCGGCCCAACUUCUCUACUAUCCUGGAGAGAAUUAACUACUGCUCUCAGGACCCAGAUGUGGUGAACACACCCCUGCCAAUGGAAUAUACCCCCACCGCGGAGGACGAUGGCGGCACCAUCAUCCGUCCCUCUGACCACACCUCCACCAGCCUCACUCCACUCCUGGUGUCCCAUCCUGUUUCCCAAGCUUCCCCCUCCCAGCUGGGCCUCUCCUCUCUGGGCCUUGGUCCAACACCUCUUACCCCACAGCCCACCAAACCCCGUCUACUCCUCCAGAGGACCCAACCUGUCCACCAUGAAGUGACAUCCUGCCGCGAGGCUUUGGAGCCGUGCUGGGCGGAGCCUGUUCCCGCCCCCGGUUUGUCAGCUGGAGGCCACUGGCUCCACCCUGAGGCUCCUCAUCACCAACCUUGCUCCAGAAACAGCUCCUCCUCAGGGAGCCAGAGGCUGAAGAACAAGACCAAGAACCUGUGGAACCCCACAUACGGUUCCUGGGUUUUGGAAAACUUCCGGGGGAAGAAAACACUGGCUCACACUCAGUCCAUGCCACUCUCAAGCUCUGCCUCCACCGUCUCCAACACUCAGGCUCCUCAGACCUGCAACCCAACCUUAGAGAGCAGUGAGGCUGAGUGUAACAGCACCCACCUCGGCCCUUCCAGCCUCUGCACUUCCUCAACCUCAUCCCCGUCCUGCCAGGCUAAAACUGCCCCUAGCACCUCCUCCCAUAAGAGCCCCACAGGUGGCACUGUAAAAGCUGGUAUGGACCUGGCUAAGCUCCAGAGUUUCCCCUGUGGCAACGUCAACUAUGCCUACGAUGAGCAAAGCUACGAGGCAGAGAGCCUUCCAUUGGUCAUGCCCAAAACCCCAGAAGCCAUCACAAACACCAGCUCUGCUCCCAGUGUGUCCUCAGGGACAAGCCUGGGACUGGCAUUAGGCCUCCAUACCUCCUCCUCCUGUAUGCCCAAGCUGCUGCUGAAGCGCCACGCCAGCUACGGACACGAGGACGUGAGGAGGCACACCAAAGCUGAGAAACCAACACGUGACCGAGACUCAGGCUUUUCUCUGUCUGAAGACCUCAGCGUUACCCCAAUCUAA